UAGAGAGAUAUGGCAGCAUAAAGAGGGGGCGAGAGGGUCGAAGAGAUGAGCAAGGCCAUCGGAUCUUCUCUUCUUUUCCUGUUGGUGGUGGCGCAAUUGGUGGUUGCUAUGGCGAUGACUGGAGCGCCAAAGGACAUUCCGAGUGAGAACAGCCUCGAGAUCUCCGAUCUCGGGCGGUUUGCUGUGGAGGAGCACAACAAGAAGGAGAAUGCUCUUCUUCAAUUCGACAAAGUUGUGAAGGCGAAGGAGCAAGUGGUGGCCGGUACCCUCUACCAUCUGACCAUCGAGGCAGCUGAUGGUGGACAGAAGCAUCUUUAUGAAGCAAAGGUCUGGGUGAAACCAUGGAUGAACUUCAAAGAGUUGCAGGAGUUUAAACCUGUUACCGUUUCCGCUUUUACCAGUUCCGAUCUUGGUGUCAAACAAGACCAACGUGGGUCAGGGUGGCGAAUGGUGCCGGCACAUGACCCUAUUGUAAAAGAAGCAGCAGACCAUGCUGUGAAGACCAUUCAGCAGCGAUCUAACUCGCUGGCUCCUUACGAGCUGCUGGAGAUCCUUCAUGUAAAGGCUGAGAUAAUUGAAGAAUUGGCCAAGCUUGACAUGCUUCUGAAGAUGAAAAGGGGGAACAAGGAGGAAAAUUUCAGGGUUGAAGUACAUAAGAAUGUUGAAGGCAGUUAUUUUCUAAACCAUAUGCAACAGGAGCACCCGUAGGCUCUUUUAACUCUGCUUAUAAAUGUACAUCCUGGUGACUGCGUGAUAUGUAAAAACGCUUUACUAGUAUACGAAAUAACGGUGUACCUCUUAUA